UUACGCGACACUGACUGUAGGCGAUCGGUGAAGGGUUUUGUGGGUCAUGGGGAAGGAAGGUAAAUAAAAGAGGAGCGUUGGUAGCACACGGCCGCUUGUUCCCGACGGUUUCUGGGAGUUUUCUUCUGACUCGGCUUUGAGGACACGGGGACGGAGAGGCCCGACGGAGCCGAGAGGAGGGACCGUGGUUCGGCUACAGCAGCAGCAGCAGCAGCAGCUGUGUCUGCGUUCUCAGGUGGUCUGAUUGGGUUUGCCUCGUCCUUGUGUUGCCAUGGCGAUGCGGGAGUUGGUGGAGGCAGAAUGUGGGGGAGCCAAUCCUCUCAUGAAGUUGACCGGUCACAUGACGAAGGAAGGGGGGUCAUGGCGGCACCGCUCAACACCUACAAUCCCCCCCACUCCUAUUGAAAUUGCAACCGAGGAAGAGCUGGUGAAUGAGUUCCUUCAGGCUCCCCCACGACCCCCACACACAUUUGACAUGGGCCAGCUGCUGGAGGAAAUGCAGCAGAUUGACCAGCAGAGCUACAGGCAAGCUCCACAGAGAGCUCCAGAUGUGGCAGCGCUGGCCCUUUCUGGUGACUGGACAGCUGAGUUCCUCUCAGGACCCGACUCUGCCUCCGCGCCGGGGCUCGCUGCUCUUGGUGAUGCAGCAGAUGCUGAUUGGACGAGAGAGUUUAUCGCAGAGGCAGCAGAUCCUGGACGCUGGGCAGAGGAAUAUCUGGAGCAGUCAGAGGAAAAGUUGUGGCUGGGUGACCUGGGAGACAAGGAGAAUGAAUGGACAAAAGAGUAUCAAGCGGGAGAGGAGCUGAGGCAGACGGCCAACGAGCUUGUCUCAAAGGUCGAUGACCCCAAGUUACAAAACACAGAGUUCCUGCGAUUCAUUAGGCAGAUUGGCGAGGGCAGUGUGACAGUGGAGAGCAGAACAGACAAACAGCUCACAGAUAAAGCUCAGGCCCAGGAAGCUCAGAACUGGGCCUCCAACCUCAACCAGUUCCUGAUGGAGACGGGGGGAGGGACUCUUCCCUUGGAACCCCCAGAGGCGAAUCAGAAGACUGAGAAAGUUAAAGCUAAACAAGCAGAGCACUGGGCCAAAAUCGUCAGGCAGGUGUCAGAGGAGUCAGCUGAAGCCUGGGUAGACGAGUUUGCUACAUCAGGACCAGAUUUUCAACAAGCCAAAGCUGCAGUAGAGAGUGAUGUGGAUUUCUGGGAGAAGCUGCAGCAGGAGUGGGAGGAGAUGGCCAAGAGGGAUGCAGAGAGCCAUCCAUGGCUGUCUGACUUCGAUCAGCUGCUCAGCUCUUCUUAUGACAAGGGAUAUCAGUUUGAAGAGGAAAACCCCUACUUAUCCCACCCAGACCCCCUGUCAGAGGGAGUGAAGAGGAUGGAGGCAGGGGAUAUCCCUGGUGCUGUACGGUUCUUUGAGAGCGCUGUCCAGAAGGAACCAGACAACCAGCUGGCUUGGCAAUAUCUGGGAACCUGUCAGGCAGAGAAUGAGCAAGAAUUUGCUGCCAUCAGCGCCCUCCGCAGGUGUAUAGAGCUGAAGAACGACAACCUGACGGCCCUGAUGGCGUUGGCUGUCAGUUUCACUAAUGAGUCGCUACACAGGCAGGCCUGUGAGACUCUUCGUGACUGGCUAAAGCACAAUCCUAAAUACCGCUCUGUGUGGGAACAGAACGAGCGUGAACGCCAAACAGACGGCGCCAGAGAAAAGGAGAAGGAGCGGGAGCGGUUCGGAUCACUGCUGCCAGAAUCUUUGUUUACUGACGUCCAGACCUUGUUCCUGCGAGCAGCCAACUCUGACCCUGCCCAGGUGGACCCUCAGCUGCAGUGUGGUCUGGGAGUCCUCUUCAACCUCAGUGGAGAGUAUGACAAGGCGGUGGACUGUUUCAGCGCUGCUCUUUCAGUCACUCCACAGGACUACCUGUUGUGGAAUAAGUUGGGUGCUACACUAGCCAAUGGAAACCGUUCAGAGGAAGCAGUGGCUGCCUACAGGAGAGCUCUGGAACUGCAGCCAGGUUUCGUCCGUAGUCGCUAUAAUUUGGGAAUCAGCUGUGUUAAUUUAGGAGCACAUAGAGAGGCAGUGGAGCACUUCCUAGAAGCUCUAUCUCUACAGCGCCAGGCCGCAGGAGAUGGAGCAAGAGCUGCGAGGGGGCCUGGAGGUGCUGCAGCCACUAUGAUGUCUGACAAUAUCUGGUCCACGCUGCGCAUGGCUCUAAGCAUGAUGGGAGAGAGUCCGCUGUACGCUGCGGCCGACCGGCGAGACUUGGAUGCAUUGCUGGCUCAUUUCUGCCAGAGAGAGGUGGACGGUGGGACUGAAUGAAGUUGUGCACGAGGAGGGCUUAUUGUGUGUGAAUGUGGUUUACCAGGAGGUAAAUGUUUGGGUAAUGAACGGAGCACAUAGGAGGGAGUGUGAUCGUAAUCAGGACAUGGUACAGGUUAGGGAGAGAUGGCAGAGGAAGACACUGUGAAUUAUUCGCCAUCAUCAUCAUGUGGUUAAUGUGUGCUUAAAUUACUUCAAGCAGUAUUAGUCUACACCUAGAGAGAAGCGGCCAGUAGAAAUCCAGUCAUGCCACCACAUUUCACGUGCUCAGCACUCCUCGCAUUUCUUCCUCUGUGUGGGUAACUGGCUCCAACGAAUGUCGCUUUCAUUGACAUGAAAUUCGUUCUGGAGAAAAUCAACAAGAAGAAGCACGAGUCGAUUCGUUCUGUACUCAGUAGCCUGCAAUGUCAUGACACUCAGUGCUCUCCUGGUCUUCAUUAACAGUCCAGACUCUGCAGUUAAUGUAGAUUAAAGGUAUUAUUGCUGUGACAGUAAAAAGAGUGCGCUUUUUUUUUCUGCUUUUGAUCAGAAGUGCUCUUGAGAGAAGGAUCAUGCCAGUUCAAAGUAGAAAAAACUCAAAAGUGCUGCAGUUUUUUUUUUUUUUUUUUUUAAAUACAUUAUUUAAUUUUUUUAGUGAUCAUUAUUCUGCCAGGACAAUGAACUGACAACCAGCGGGACUGUUACUGUUAUGAUGAGUGCGUGUUGGGUUCGGGUUUGGGGACGUUAAUCAUGUAUUGGAUGGUAAAAUCAUUUAACUGUUAUUGAGAAUGAUUUCUCUGGGCUCCUUCUCUUUCUCUUUUCAUAUUGCUCUUGUAAAACUAUUUGCUUCAUUGUAAAAUACUUCUAUAUGCCAUACUGUGUAUUGUAACAUAAUUGAUGCACUAUAAUUGUUUUCAGGCUACUUAUAUCCUGACUGCAAUGUUUAAUAUAAUAUUCAGCAAUAAAGCUUUGAUUCCAAA